CCGAUAUUUGAUGAUCCAUCAACGCAGUGCAAGCCCGUGAUUCAAAAACAGAAUGUCAUGGCUACAAGACAUCCCAUUUGAGCUUAUCGUGCGCGUCGUCGAUCGUGGUUGCCUAGGAGCCGUUGCGCCGCGCUGCUACUGCCAUCCAACCCCCGACGAGUAUCCCACUCGCCCCGACAUCAAGGCCCGAAUCGGAACCCUCGCCGCUCUUUGUCUCACCUCCCGCCGCCUCAGAGACGCAGCCACACGCCCACUCUACCAUUGCCCGGACACGGGGAAAUGGUGGCUCCUGGCCCGCACCCUGCUCCGCCACCCACACCUAGCCCAACACGUCAAGCAUCUCAUCUUGCCGGGCUUUCCCUACCGUCUCGAUGCCCCCGAAAACACAUCGGCCAUAGCGUCCGACGUCCUGUCACACUACAAGACCAGGAUUGACACGGCCUGCGCCUCAUUCCCCGACGGAAACAGCCGCUACGACCUCCUUGAGCUUCUCGAGAACAAAGCCCUAGUCACGCGGAACAGCACCAAUAUCGACAAAGUCGCAGUGCUGAGCAGCCUGUGCCGCAACCUGGAGGCGGCACCGAAUCUGCGCGCGAUACGGUGUUUUUCUGUAUGCGACGAAGGGUAUGACGACCUGGGAGUGACGGUAGACACGGUGAAGCAUGUCGAGAUCUGGAACAGCGCCAUGAGUGCCAAUGCGCUGGCCAUGGUACUGAAGGCGUUUCCGGGACUCGAGGUGUUCAGCUACCAUGCCGGGGGGUCUUUGACGGGGCCUUCGCAGUUCAAUCCCAGCGAGGCGAGAGAUUUGCUGAUGAAGCACGAGGGGAGGCUGAAUAAGGUGACGCUGGCCUUGACGAACGGUUGGGAGUGUUGGGACUUUGGGGAUAACGAAUGGGAGAGUUGGACCGAAGCGGAGAUACAGGAGGUAGUGAAAGUGUUCAGAGAAAGGGGCGUCGAGUUUGGGGGCAUUGAGUUUCAGCAAGGUCUGAGAGGCAUGUAUGGCCACAGAAGCCCGUGGAAGACCAGAACAAUCUGCCCAAUGGGAGGCAUACUGUCACCGCGAAAAGAUAUCAAGUUGGGUCAACAUCCUGUUGCUCAGGCUGCGCACAAUGUGAUAUACAUCUAA